AUGGAAAAGGAAAAAAAGAAAUCUCUUUUGGAAAGAUACAACAUACCAGUGCACUAUUUGGAUUUCGCUCAUGUGGAAAAGUGUACAAAUGCUCGCGAAAUGGAGAAAAUCGUCCAAAUCCUGCGCUCCGGCGAGGAAGGACAUUAUCCGGACUUGCAAAAAUGUGCGGAGGAGAAACUGAAGGCACUGAAACCGGAUAGCAAGCUAUUUCGCUAUGAGGAACAAAUAAAGCCAAGCACUGUCCUGGACAAAACCGAACUAAAACCCAUUUUGGAUUGGACUGACUCCAUUAAAACAAAGGACAGUGCUCUCAAUGAGCUGAAGAAGGUUAAGCAGAAUUUGAAUCUUCCAUCUGUGCGUAAACUUUCCAAAAUCGAUUUGGAGAAGCAAAGUGAAGCGGAGAAACCAAAACCAAAGCCAAACGCUGCAUCUCAGACCAAUACCACGAAUAAGGAGGCUCGAAUCAAGUCUACGGACUACAGAAAAUGGGAUAAGUACGAUCCCGAUGAGGAGAUACUGCGCAUGGAUUUGAAUGAGGAACGCGACCAGGAGCAGAUAGAGAAAAUCAUUUCCAGUCACAAUAAAUCGAUUGCCAAGGAAGAGUUACAGAGCGAAAGGGAUUCUCUAUAUGAACGCCUCCAAGCACAGCUAAAGAAUCUAAGCCAGCUGGAGAAGGAGCAAUAUGCUGAAAGACAUCGACUGCGUGGCAAUGAGAGCUUCAAGGCCAAGGAAUAUGAAAAUGCCAUUGAGGAGUACAACUGUUCCAUAAUAUACGAUCCUGAGAAUGCAGUACACGCUUAUAAUAAUCGCGCUGUCGCUCAUCUCAAGUUGAAGAAAUACUUUUCGGCCAUAUCGGACUGCCAAGCCUGUCUCCAGAUCGAUCCGAUGAAUAUUAAGGCACACCUUCGUAUGGCUGAGGCCCACAAUGCCGAAGGGAGACAUCUUGAGUCCCUAAACGCUUACAAAAAGGUCCUCGACCUUGAGCCAGAUAAUGCCAUAGCCAAGAAGGCCGUGGAGAAGCUAACUUCGAUGCUGGGUGAGGUGGCUCCGUCCUCUGCCACACGUUUGAUAAUUGAGGAGAUCGAUCCUCCGCAACUGAAGACUUCCGAACCCAAGAAGGUGGCUGAGAUAAGUGACCCAACUGUGGUCAAGAAACCCGAACCAGCCGCCUUGGCAAACAAACCACCACCCAUUAAAGACUACGAUCUAGCCGAGUUGGUCAAACCGAAUCGAAUGGUAAAAAGCAACUUGGUGUCAGCCGCCGAGGCCUUGGGUAAUAAGUUGCAGGCCACCAAGGGAGGUGCUGCUCCAAAGAAGCCACAAAAUCCUCCCAUGACACCAAAGGAAACCUUACUGCGUUUGCCACAGGACAACCUUAACAAUAGCAAUAAACUUCUUAUACAGGAAAUUUAGAGAACUGCAUACAGUAUCUGCAGCGUGAUGUUUUUACGAUUGUAAACUUGUUUAAAAAUAUAUGUAAUGCAAAUAAAUAGUGGAAAAAUCA